GAAUAAGAGCUGUGUGCUCCUUUGUUGUAGCACAACCCAGCUAAAAUAACGCUUCAGUGCAAACAUUAGCAUAAGGUCACUAGGUUAAUCUCUUAGAGCCUUUUGAAAGACUGGGGAUAAUUAUUUUACUAUAAGCAGGAUAAGUUCAUAUUGAAUUGAGUAUGUAAACCUCUGAACCCAUCGUUGCUUGGAGCCAGUUACGCUAAAGGUCGUUAUGUCGGAUGAGGAUUCGCGUGCCAGCGUUAGUUCUUCUUCCUCAAUUUAUCAGCAGUUAAAAAUAAACGCGCCUAAGAAACGAGCAGAAAGCAAAGCCAUCAUGAGCAAGACCUCCAAACUCCUCUCCACCAGCGCCAAAAGAAUUCAGAAGGAGUUGGCUGACAUUACUUUGGAUCCACCACCGAACUGCAGUGCUGGUCCAAAAGGAGACAACAUCUAUGAGUGGAGAUCCACCAUCCUGGGGCCACCAGGCUCUGUGUACGAGGGAGGGGUCUUCUUCCUAGAUAUCGCCUUUACACCAGACUACCCCUUCAAACCACCCAAGGUGACGUUCCGUACCAGGAUCUACCACUGUAACAUCAACAGUCAGGGUGUGAUCUGUCUGGACAUCCUGAAGGACAACUGGAGCCCCGCCCUCACCAUCUCCAAGGUGCUGCUGUCCAUCUGCUCCCUGCUCACUGACUGCAACCCUGCUGACCCUCUGGUAGGAAGCAUCGCCACCCAAUACACAACCAACAGACCAGAGCACGACAGGAUAGCCAAACAGUGGACCAAGAGAUACGCCACAUAGAUACACAGGACUGGGUCGUAUUCAUUAGGCACUACAUGGACUUGUCCAAUAACAAAAGUUAAUUUGUUUCCCAUAGCAAAACGUUUUCUGUUGCAUGCCCUAACAACUACGACCCUGGGCAACAUGAGAGGGGGAGGUUAGGGGGUGUCAGAGCUCCUUCUGGGAUGGAGUGGGGGGAACAGGAAGGGUAGAGAAUAGGGGAGGAUAUUUAUCUUGGAAUUUAAGUCUUCAUCUCCUGAUAUUUUGUUUAUGGUAUUUAUGUUCUCCGACCCGUAUAUUAGCAUCUAUUUUGGCAAUAAUGCUUUUCAAUGUGUUUCCUUGAAGUUCUUUAAAAUUAUUUAAUUUUUAGCUAAUUGUGCUUCGAAAGGAAAUGAAUUCUACAUGUUUGGUCUGUUUAUAUAAACCUGUCACACACACCAUGGUUUCCUGGUAGAAUUCCAAAUCUCAUUUCAGUGUGAAUUUUUCAGAUAUUAGUUACCAUUGGUGUAAGCCCUCUUGCAUGUCUAUCUGAAUCUAUAACAUAUUGCUGAAACAUAUUGUAGCCUAUACAGCACAAUGUCUAGGUGGGAAAGUUGUGCUUCAUGUCUUGCUGAUUUCUUUAAAUAACAGCCCCUCCAUUUUAUUGUUAAAUUGAAAUACAUGCAUAUAUGUCAGAAAACAAUGGACAACAAUAAAAAAUAAGUAGCAGCA